AUGGAGAUGGAGACACAACAGCGGUGGAGUAACUUCCAAGACAUAUGUGUUGAUAAAGAGUGGGCAGAGGAUUUCAAGUGGUUGGAAUGUUUAAGUUGUGCUCGUGUUGGUUUUAUUUGUUAUGAUGAAGAGGGAGAGGGUGAGUGUGAGGUGAGGUGA